AUGGGGAAGGAUCUCUCCACUCAGGGGGAAAGAAUAAUAGAUGAAAAUCGUGCCCAGUGUGGUCCCCUCCUUCAUGCUGCCAUAAAAGGUGAUUGGCCGGCAGCUAAGGCUUUUCUUGAGAAAUACCCACAUUGCGUUCGGCCUAACGUAUCGAAAGAGGAAGGGACGGCACUUCACGAAGCCGUGGUUGCACAACAAUCCACUUUUAUAAAAGAAUUGUUGAAACUGAUGACUCCGGAAGACUUGGAGUUGAGAACCAAACAAGGAGCUACGGCCCUUCACUUUGCAGCUCAAUCAGGAAUAGUGAGAAUUGCCGAGCAGCUGGUGAAAAUCAACAAUAAACCACUAUUGAUUGAUGAUUGCGAUGAAAGGACACCACUUCAAUAUGCAGUUGAGCUAGGACGCCAUAGAAACAUGGUCUCCUAUCUAUUCUCUGUGACUCCUCUUAUACAGUUGACUGCUCAUCAACGCUCGGAGCUCCUUCUUUAUGCUGUUUCCUCUGAUUUUUAUGAUAUAGCAUUGAAAAUUUUGGAAAUGGAUCCAAACAUAGCAAAUGCCGAUUCUGAAUGUGGGCCAACAGCUUUGUCAAUGUUGGCCAAGAAAACUUUUGCAAUUGGCAGCACAAGUCAGCUUUCGUUCUGGAAAAGUCGCAUAAAUUCCUGUUAG